AUGGCUUCAUCAUCAAAGACAAGCUCUCUGCUCUACUCUUGCAUCGCUCAUCGAAGCACCAUUUUAGCCGAACACUCCUCGCCGGGCACCUCAUCAACCGCCGCAUCAUCACUAGCCUCCAUCAUCCUCCCAAAAAUCACCCAUGACAAACCCCAAAAGCUUACAUUCACCCACGAGCGUCUCUUCGUGCACUACAUCUCCGACUCACCCACCGAACAAGCAGGCGAUGGCACGAGCACAGAGCCAAGCUCGCACGCCCCCCUGAGCUUCAUAGUGGUCGCAUCAGCCGAGCAAGGCCGGCGCAUCCCCUUUGCCUACCUUCUAGAAAUGAAGCGCAAAUUCCUCUUGACCUACCCGCCCACCAGCACAGAGUUCGGCACGCUGCCCGCCUACGGCUGUGCUGCUUUCAACGCGGAACUACGCUCCCUCCUACAAACAUACAACACUGCGCCACCGGCAGAUUCGCUGGCGUCAGCACGGCGCGAGAUCGACAGCGUACGCGAUAUUAUGACCGAGAACAUUGAGCGGGUGCUGGAGCGCGGCGAGCGCAUCGAUCUACUAGUUGAUAAGACGGACCGUCUUGGUGGGAGUGCGCAUGAUUUCCGGAUGCGCAGCCGCGGGCUGCGGAGGAAGAUGUGGUGGAAGAACACCAAGUUGAUGAUUAUGAUGGUUGUUGUGGUUGUUUUCUUGCUGUAUUUGUUUAUUGGGAUGGGAUGUGGACUGCCUGCUUGGGGGAAGUGCGUUGGGCACUAG